AUGGGAACCGUGCUGUCUCUGUCCCCCAGCUACCGGAAGGCGGCCCUCUUCGAGGAUGGGCCGGCCACCGUGGGCCACUACACGGCCGUCCAGAACAGCAAGAACGCCAAAGACAAGAACCUGAAGCGCCACUCGCUCAUCAACGUGCUGCCGUGGAAGCGGAUCGUGGCGGUGUCGGCCAAGAAGAAGAGCUCCAAGAAGGUGCAGCCCAACGGCACCUACCAGAACAACGUCGCCCAGCUGAACAAUGAGAACCUGAAGAAGUCGCAGUCGUGCGCCAACCUGGCCACCUUCGCGCAGGACCAGAGCACCCCGGCCCUCACCAAGGCCUCCAACAACACGGUGUCGUCCGUGAAGAAGGCCCCUCUCACCAACUCCAACGUGGCGCCCGGCACCCCCAAGAGGGUGAUCGUCCAGGCCUCCACCAGCGAGCUGCUGCGCUGCCUCGGGGAGUUCCUGUGCCGGCGCUGUUACCGGCUGAAACACCUGUCCCCCACCGACCCGGUGCUGUGGCUGCGCAGCGUGGACCGCUCCCUGCUGCUCCAGGGCUGGCAGGACCAGGGAUUCAUCACCCCGGCCAACGUGGUCUUCGUCUACAUGCUGUGCCGGGACGUGGUCUCCUCCGAGGUGGCCACGGAGCACGAGCUGCAGGCCGUGCUGCUCACCUGCCUCUACCUGUCGUAUUCCUACAUGGGCAACGAGAUCUCCUACCCUCUCAAGCCCUUCCUGGUGGAGAGCUCCAAGGAGACCUUCUGGGACCGCUGCCUGUCCAUCAUCAACCUGAUGAGCGCCAAGAUGCUCCAGAUCAACUCCGACCCGCACUACUUCACGCAGGUGUUCGCCGACCUGAAGAACGAGAGCCAGAAGGAGGAGGAGAGGAGCCGCCUGCUCAUCGGCCUGGACCGGUGA